AUGUCAGCAGUUACUUAUACAAAUAAUAAUAAUAAUAAUAAUGAAAUUCUUCAACAACAACAAAAACAAAUAAAUGCACCACCGCAAAAACAAAGAUAUGUACGAGGCGUUGUUUUAGUGGGCAAUGAAUCAUAUUAUCGAAGUAAUGAAUUUAAUUAUCGAUGUUCCAAUUAUAGAGGGAACCAGUAUACAAAUAGAAGAAAUAAUAAUUCUUAUUAUCGAAUUAGAAAUUAUUCAUACAAUCGUAAUAGAUAUAAUAAUAACAAUUAUUAUUAUUAUAGUGGUAAUACAUUUCAAGGUCGAAGAAGAAGCUUUUUUCGACGUCAACAAAGAAGUCGAUCAAAUCGACAACGAAGACGUGGUCCACGACAAAUAAGAUUAAAUGAUUUUAUGCCAAAAAAUCUACAAGGUGAUUGUUCGCAAGAUUCAAGAAAUCUUCCAGAUGAUUUUAAUUUAAAUAAUGCAAUUACAACAGCACCACCUGAUGCAUUACCACAACGUACAAUAUUUACAAAUAAUACUAAUAAUACAACACAACCAUUUAUAGUUAAUCAACAAAAUAAUAAUCCAAUUCAACAACGUACAACUACUUCAUCAUAUCGUCGUCGACAAUAUCGUCAAAAUAAUAUCUAUAAUAAUAAUAGUAGAUUUGAAAUCUUAAGUGACAUAAAUGAUAUUGAUAAUGAGAAUGAAGUUGAUAACAAUAAUAAUGAUUUAGUUGAAAUUGAAAUAAAUAAUAAAAACAAAACUAAAACAGAUAAAAAUAAGAAAAAGAAAAAGAUUCGAGUAUAUCUUCAACCAAAUAAAAUAUUGAAAUGGUUUGAAGAAACUUCAAAACAAAGUAAAAAUGUUAUAAGUGGUCGUGGUAAUCAAGCAUAUACAUUGGCGACUGCUUCUAUCUAUGAUGAAUGGAUAAGAAAUAAUUAUGAACUUCAAGUCUGGCAAGAAUAUCUUAAAUUAGAUACAAGAUUUGUUGAAAAGAAAACUAAAAGAUUAACGGAUGAAAUAGCUGCAUUAAGUGCCAUUCAUACAACAGCUGAAUUAACAGCUAAUUUAUUGACAAUAACUAAUGCUAAUAUUCCAUCACCAGCUACAACAAUGUCAACAAUUAAAAAUCAAACACGUGAACCAGUUGACCGUCUUGAAAAACAUAUAUUAGAUUAUUUACAUAAAUGUACACAACAUGUUAAAAAAUUGACUGAAAAUCGUAUACAAUUAGCUAAAGCACAAAUGGCAGAAUAUAAAGCAUUAGAAGAUUUUCAACAAAUAACAACUACAAUUCAUUGGAAUCUACAUUCAACUUUAAAAUCUAAAAUAAAAUUAUGGUCAACUAAAUAUAAAAAUUAUCGAACAAUUACAGAACGUAUUAAAUUAAAUUUAUCACCAAAAUUUAUUUCAAAUGUUGAUUUUAAUUUUAAAAUAGAUGAAUCUAUCAUUAGUCAAGAAGAAUCACAAGUUCUAUACAAUUGA